UAUCUGACUGGGACGCUGGCCGUUCACUGGUGCAGCUGCCUCUUCCAUCAAUUCCCAUCUCCUCAUUGGUCUAAUAAAAUAAUUCCUUUUGUACUAAAAGGCGUUGUUGUCACUGGGAAGGUUAUUUAUUUAGUAAACCUGCGCGGCUGCUGGUAGCUGUAAACAAUAUGUGCCUGUCAGUCAUUGUAUACUGAGCUUUUGUGGCACUCUCAUCGGCUUAAUUUACUGCUGUUCGACCUUGGGCUACGAGAAAGCUGAUGAUGAGAUGUCUGGAACUGCAACUUCAGAGUCUGAUCACCUUACCAGAAUUAUUAAUGUUAAUCUACCUCAGAUAAUUAAAUAUUGUGACAAUCGUGUCAGCACUGCAAAAUACAGCGUGAUAACAUUUCUGCCUCGCUUCCUGUAUGAACAGAUCCGAAGAGCUGCAAAUGCUUUCUUUCUCUUUAUAGCAUUAUUACAACAAAUUCCCGAUGUCUCUCCUACAGGGAGGUAUACAACUUUGAUGCCACUCAUCUUCAUUCUCUCAAUUGCUGGCAUCAAAGAAAUCAUUGAAGAUUAUAAAAGACAUAAAGCUGAUAAUAAUGUCAACAAGAGGAAGAUUAAAGUUUUACAAGAUGGAAAAUGGGAGACCCUGAUUUGGCAAGAGGUUACGGUGGGGGAUUUUGUGAAGGUCACCAAUAGUCAACGUCUCCCAGCUGAUCUCUUCAUAAUCACCACCAGUGAGCCACAGGCAAUGUGUUACAUUGAAACAUCCAAUCUGGACGGAGAAACAAAUCUCAAAAUAAGACAGGGUUUGCCAUUGACAGCAAAUAUGCAAUCCUCUGCAGAUUUAAUGAAGAUUACUGGGAAUUUGGAAUGUGAUGUACCGAAUCGGUACCUGUAUGACUUUACCGGCAAUCUCCGGAUUGGUGACCAUCGCCCUACUGCUGUUGGGCCUGACCAGAUGUUACUUCGAGGUGCACAACUGAGGAACACUCAAUGGAUCAUUGGACUCGUGGUGUAUACUGGGCAUGACACGAAACUGGUGCAGAAUUCAACGAAGGCCCCACUGAAGAGAUCCAAUGUUGAAAGGGUUACAAACAUGCAGAUUCUCAUUCUCUUCAGCAUUCUCGUGGUGAUGGCCUUCGUGAGUGCCGUGGGCACUGAGGUUUGGAACAAUCAACAUAACAUGACCGACUGGUACCUAAACGCAGGUAAGACCACACCUAACUUUGGCUUCAACCUUCUCACCUUCAUCAUUCUUUACAACAACCUCAUUCCGAUCAGUUUGCUGGUUACUUUGGAAGUUGUCAAGUUUACACAAGCCCUCUUCAUUAACUGGGAUAUAGAUAUGUACCGCUCAAACACAGACACACCGGCAAUGGCAAGAACUUCCAACCUGAAUGAAGAGUUAGGCCAGGUAAAAUACUUAUUUUCGGAUAAAACUGGCACCUUAACUUGCAACGUCAUGGCAUUUAAAAAAUGCACCAUUGCUGGCAUUUCGUACGGCCAUAUUACGGAUUCUGAUAUUGAACGGUCUUCUGAUGAAUUGGGACAGGCCAUUUCUACAAAUGAGGAUGAUGAGUUUGAUGACCCAACAUUAUCAGAUAACAUCAAUGGACACCCAACAUCAAAUGAAAUCCAGGAAUUUCUCAUUAUGAUGGCCAUUUGCCAUACAGUUGUUCCUGAAAAGGACGGGAAUGAUGUUAAGUACCAGGCUUCAUCUCCAGAUGAAAGCUCAUUGGUAAAUGCUGCAAAGAAGCUUGGUUUUGUUUUCACUGCAAGAACUCCUGAUUCUGUCGUCAUCAAUGCCAUGGGAGAGAAGCAGAUUUAUCAGCUUCUGCAUGUUCUGGAAUUUACCAGCCACAGGAAGCGAAUGUCAGUGAUCGUUAGAGUACCAUCAGGAAAGAUUCGUCUCUACUGCAAAGGAGCAGACAACGUCAUUUUUGAGAGACUUUCUCAAUUGUCAAAGCACAAAGUUGAGACUUUGAAUCAUCUGGACCAGUUUGCUGCAGAAGGUUUGAGAACACUGUGCUUUGCCUAUGCCGACCUGGAAUUUGACGACUAUAAGGAGUGGGAUCGGAUUCAUCAUGAAGCCAGCACAAAUCUUCAGGACAGGGUCGCCAAGCUUGAGGAGUGUUACAAUCUCAUUGAAAAGAAUUUGGUGCUGCUCGGAGCGACUGCUAUUGAAGAUCGUCUUCAGAAUGGUGUUCCCGAGACCAUUGCAACGUUAAUGAAAGCUGGAAUCAAAAUAUGGGUCCUAACCGGCGACAAACAAGAGACCGCGAUAAACAUAGGUUAUUCAUGCAGGCUUUUAUCCCAAAGCAUGACGCUGAUCAUAGUGAACGAAGAUUCUUUGGACGCAACGAAGGAAACGAUCAAUCGCCACUGCGAAGACCUGGGAGAAUCCUUGAAGCAAGAGAAUGAUCUUGCCCUUAUCUUGGAUGGAAACACGUUGAACUAUGCACUGUCUCACGAAGUCCAAAAUCUGUUCUUGGAUCUGGCUUUAUCUUGUAAAGCUGUCAUCUGUUGCAGGGUUUCGCCUCUCCAGAAAUCAGAAAUCGUCCAAACAGUUAAAAAGAAUGUCAAUGCGAUCACCCUAGCAGUAGGCGACGGAGCCAAUGAUGUGGGUAUGAUUCAGACAGCGCACGUUGGAGUGGGGAUUAAUGGCAACGAAGGGCUCCAAGCCACCAACUCCUCGGAUUACUCCAUUGCGCAGUUUUCGUAUUUGGAGAAGCUUUUGUUGGUCCACGGAGCGUGGAGUUAUAUCCGAGUGACAAAGUGCAUCCUUUACUGUUUUUACAAAAAUGUGGUGCUUUAUAUAAUUGAGCUUUGGUUUGCGUUUGUCAAUGGAUUUUCUGGACAGAUUCUCUUUGAACGCUGGUGUAUCAGCCUCUAUAAUGUGAUCUUCACUGCCUUACCCCCAUUCACAAUGGGCAUCUUUGAAAGGACCUGUAGUCAAGAGAACAUGCUGCGAUUCCCACAACUUUAUAAGAUUACCCAGAACGCAGACUGCUUCAACACAAAGGUUUUCUGGGGUCACUGUAUAAAUGCUUUGAUUCAUUCCGUCAUUCUCUUCUGGAUUCCAUUGAAGGCACUAGAACAAGAUACAGGUUUUAUGAAUGGUUAUGCUAUGGACUAUUUAGUUCUUGGGAACAUUGUCUACACAUAUGUUGUCGUGACUGUGUGUUUGAAAGCCGGCAUCGAGACAACUGCAUGGACGUCGUUCAGUCACUUGGCCGUGUGGGGCAGCAUUGCGUCGUGGUUAAUCUUCUUGGCCAUCUACUCUGUCCUCUGGCCCACCGUACCUCUAGCACCAGACAUGCUUGGGCAGGCUGGAAUGGUCGUGAAAUGUGGAACAUUCUGGUUCGGCCUGGUUCUUGUUCCUGUCGUAUGUUUGAUAAAAGAUGUAUUUUGGACAGCUGGCUGCCAUUCCUAUCAUAAAACCUUGUUGGAGGAGGUUCAGGAGCUGGAAGCCCGAUCUCAGGAUCCUACGAAGGCUGUGUUGCGGGACUUCAGUUCAAAGAGUCUCAAUGAACGAGCAUAUCUGUUGAAGAGAGUGUUUCGGAAAAGUUCUUCCAGUCUUGCUCGCACCAAUUCUGGUCCACGCAUGUCUCAUGGAUUUGCUUUUUCUCAAGAGGAAAAUGGUGUGGUUUCACAAACUGACUUAAUCCGUUCAUACGAAUUAGACAAGGUGAAGCUCAAUGCAGACUGACUAGUAUCCCCUAUCCUGAGUAUGGGACUGAGUAGUAUUUUUUGUAAGACAUUUGAGCAUGCUGGCAAUAAGUACUGACCACAAUGGUCGACACUUAAGAGAACAGAUUCUUCAUUCUCGUGGUCUUAGCCAAAAAGCUUGAUUUACAUUUAUUCUCUACUGAGAUUUAAUGCAGUAAAGUAUUUUGUGUUGCUCUUUUGGUCAGACUAAUAAUGUAAUAUUGUAGCUGCUUAUGAAAGAUAAUUGUUCUAAAGAGUACUGUAUCUUUGGGUGGAACAUAAUGGAACUGCCAAUCUACCUGACCCCCCCCCCCCCCCCCCUCUCCACCCCCUUUUGGUCAGGAUGUAAGUACCUUCAGUUGGUUGAAUUUUAUUUAAGUGAGAUCAGAGGGCAGCGUGGCCUUGGCGUUUGAAAGGGCUGUGAGUCCGUGGUAGUGGGAGGAUGGCGAACAAGAGGGCCCUGCUAGUGGAAGUCAGUGAAUGCUGUUUGGCAACUUGAGUUUGUUAUAAAAGGAAAGUACAUACACAGCUGUUCAACGCACGCACCUCGUAAGAGUGGCAUUCCCCCUCUAGCACAGCUAUGUCUCGCACAAAACUGCAGAGAUUCGCAAGGUCCCAAUCGUACUGUUGGGACUUCUGUUUUAACACUUCAAUGAUAUUCUCAAUCAUUAUAUCAUUUCUGGGACGAUGUUUCUUGCAGCAGUCUGAGUACCGGAUGCAGGAAAUUGCUGCGAGAUGGACUCGCCUUUCUGUUGAGAUGUCAUUUGCGAGUCGGGCAGGGACGUUGAGAUGAAGCGUUGUGAUUUGGAUCACCACUCUCUGCCUCCACCGUCAUGGACAUCUGUCCUGGGUCUCCCCUUCCACGGAGAAACUGAGCAGAGGAUGAUUAUAGCGGUCCCAACCUAAAGCGCUGCUCCCACUGGUCUCGACUUUUAACAUUCCUCCACACCUCUAGCCAUAGAUGUUGCAAUAAGUUAGCAGCAGUUGCCAUUUCAACACAGCUGAACCCAUGGCCCACAAAGACCUGGAGAAAAUUAAUAUGCUCUUUUUCUUUCCCUCCACAUCCCACCCACCCCACCCCAAAUAUAUAUUCAAUAACUCUUAACUCCCUUUGUAGUCAACUAGUCUAAUGAUAAAAUCCUACCUGAGCCACAGCUGGUGUUUAGAGUUACUUUUUUUUUAAAAGAGUAUAUGCCCUGGUUACAUUUUUUUUUUAACUGUACCUUCAAUAAGAAUUAUCAAAAUGUAUAAAUGUUGAAUUAAAGCAGG